AAAAAGGACCUGAGUUGUGUCCAUGUUGUGGUCAAGACAGUGGUGGACUUUGGGAUCUCAAAUUUCAAGAGCAGCCUGUGCAACGCCAAAAAUGGUCGCCGCCCCCCCCCACUUAUCUCACUCCAUUCUAAAUCACAGUUGCAGCAUCCCUGCCACUCUCCCCUAAAUCUACAUCUGCUCAGGGCCAGCUUGAGAGUCGAGAGCUUCUCUCUCUCUUUACCAUCAGCUUGUUCACUUCUGCAUCUUCUUUUCCAGAAGGUGGAGUAAGAUGGAAGGAUAUGAAGUGGACUAGGACCUGGGCAACAAGGAUUCAACUCCUCACUCAGCCAUGAAGCGCACUGGGUGAUGAUAAAAUGAGGAAGAGGAGAACCAUUAAUGCCACCAUAGGUGGAAUAUAAUCGUAAUAAUUUAAAAGUAAAUAUAAAAUAAAGAAAUAAAAUAUCUCCAGCCAUCCCACACCACCCCACAUCAGAUUUUGGAUUGUAGGCGGGGGUUGUGUUUGUAGGAAACUGACUUUAGAAUUGGGAGUUGCUGAACCUGUUCUGGUCUGAAUAUAUCAAAGAGCUAGCAUUGAUUUGCACUUGCAGAUAAUUCUUCUACAAAUGUCAGUUAAGAUACUAAUCUUUACUCUUCAAAACAAGUGAAAUUUAACCUGUUGGGUCUGAGCAGCCAGAGGCAAGAUGAGUCCUAUCCUAUAUGAGAUGAGGUGAUCCGUUGAGACAACCUCCCCAGACCCUUAGAAAGAACUGGAGAAACUUAUUGGUUUUGAGUCUUUAAUAUGUGUCACAAACCUGUUUUAAGUAGUGGUUCCAACUUAAAGAUGCUGUUACACCUUUUUCCAAGAAAUGACAGACUAUUGUUGCUUAUGGUAUUUUAAGCUACAUUUAGUACAUGUGAAAAGGGUGUGGGUGUGUGUGGGUGUGUGUGUGUGUUGAAAGUGAAAACAAGAAGGAAAUAUUCAGAAAACUACUCUCCCCCUUCCCCCUAAGAAGAGUUACUCAAUAAGCCAUCUCCUUCAGCCUCCUGGUUGGUGUGAUGUAAAGCAGUAUAUGGGUUGCAAACUUUGCCCUGGUUUCUUACAGAAACAUUAACCAAGAGGAGAGGUAUAACUGCUCUCCUGGGAUCAGAUUUCUGUUCUCCCAACAGAAAACAGUCUGCUCUGACAAAGGAAGGCUUGAAAGGUUCCAAGAUGCUGCUCCAGUUGCUCUCUGUCCUCUGGGAGGCCUUGUCCCUGCAAAUCGUUCUGGUGUUUCUGGCAACAUUUCUACUUCUUGCUGAUUACAAGAAAAGGAUUCGUCCAAGGGAUUUCCCCCCAGGGCCCAGGCCUCUUCCCUUGCUGGGUAAUAUACCACAUUUUGGUGCAAAGGACCCACAUUUGGCAGCACGGAAGUUGGCAGAAAAAUAUGGCAAUGUCUUCAGCAUUCAGGUUGGGAAAACAUGGAUCGUGAUUGUGAAUGGAUUGCGUCUGGUGAAAGAAGCUCUUGUCCAUCAGGGUGAAAACUUCAUAGAUCGUCCAAAUCUUCCUUUUACCAAGGAAAUCACUAGGGGAUUGGGAGUGUUGACCUCUAAUGGUCUUACCUGGAAACAACAGAGACGAUUUGCCAUAUCAACGCUCAGAAACUUUGGUUUGGGUAAAAGGACUUUAGAAGAACGAAUACAGGAGGAGAGCCGAUACCUAAAGGAAGCUAUUGAAGUUGAGAAAGGGCAGCCAUUUGACCCUCACUUUCAGAUUAAUAAUGCUGUUUCAAAUAUCAUUUGUUCUGUCACUUUUGGGGACCGCUUUGAUUACCAUGACAGUAAUUUCCAGAAGUUUCUGCGCUUCUUUGAUGAGAUAAUGUAUCUUCAGGGAAGUAUUUGGAUUCAGCUGUACAAUGCAUUUCCCACUCUCAUGAAGCACUUCCCAGGGCCCCAUCAGACCGUUAAAAGAAACUGGGGAGAACUGAAAUCCUUUGUGGGAGAAAUCGUUGAAAAACAUGAAGAAGACCGGAACCCAUCUGAACCCAGAGACUUCAUAGAUGCGUACCUGAAUCAAAUGGCCACGGAGGAUGCUGCUUCCAGUUUUCAUAAAGACAACCUCCUACAUUCAACACUGGAUCUCUUUUUUGCUGGAACAGAAUCAACUUCCACAACCGUGCGCUGGGCCUUGCUGUACAUGGCCAUUUUCCCGGAAAUUCAAGCAAGGGUCCAAGAGGAAAUAGAUUCUGUGAUUGGCCAGUCUCGCCAGCCAGCGAUGGAUGACAGGAACAGCAUGCCCUAUACCAAUGCGGUUGUUCAUGAAGUUCAAAGAAUAAGCAGCAUUGUGCCUUUGAAUGGGCCCCGGAUGACAGCUAAGGACACGACACUGGCUGGGUUUCAUGUGCCCAAAGGAACCGUAUUGAUCACCAACCUGACCUCAGUGCUCUUUGAUGAGGAUGAGUGGGAAACACCCAAUAUGUUUAAUCCUGGCCAUUUUCUAGAGAACAGUCAGUUCCGGAGAAGGGAAGCAUUCCUGCCGUUCUCUGCAGGAAAGCGAGUUUGUCUUGGAGAACAAUUGGCCAGGACUGAGCUUUUUCUUUUCUUCACUGCCCUACUUCAGAAGUUCACUUUCCAGGCUCCAAAAGGCGUGACAUUAAGCCUUGACCAUCGGUCAGGUCUUACGUUAUCCCCCCAGCCAUACCGGAUAUGCGCAAUCUCUCGCUGAGGGGACUCAUUUUAUGGAACUGCUCAUUAAAAGAAGAUGGUGAAGAAUUUGGCCAGCACUGCCUCCUUAGUUUCUGCCCUUAGGGGGACAGCUCAGUAGUCAAUGCUCAAUAGUAAUGCAUGUCCAUUGUAUUUAGAAGGCCUCAAGUUCAAUCUGCAUGACUGGUGUGUGGUUCUUCUCAUAAAUGAUCUCAAGUAUGUCACUUUUAAAAUGGUCCCUGUGGCACAACUAGAGCAAUGUCUUAUAAGUAUCGCAAUAAAAGAGCUCAGUUGGAACUCCAA